AUGCGUAAUAAACGUGGAUUAUAUCAGUGUUGUGGUUUGGAAAGAAUGCAGUGCCUCUCUCAAGCAAACAAUAAAAUAAUUUUGAGGAUCGGUCAACUUUAUCGUGAAUCUGCGAAACAAUGUUAUGGUCCUUCUCAUGUUCUUAAUGACAAGAAGUCAUUUGAAGAUUCAAUUUACUGCCAAUUAAUUGGAUUAACUUGA